AUGGCAACCACCACCACCAACACCUCCUCCUCCUCUUCCGGUCCAGGAACCGCUACACCCGGUCUCUCCAAGGAUUCACGGAUAUUAUGUAUAAACUUCAACCAGGACCAAGGGUGUUUUGCCAUUGGUCACGAAUCAGGAUUCUUGGUCUACAACACAAACCCCAUUGAUUUACGAGUCAAACGAAACUUUCCUGCAUCGGAAACAACAACAACCACCACCACCACCACCACCAAUGGUGGAGGUACCGGGAUCGGCCAGAUCAGCAUGCUUCAUCGAACAAACUAUCUCGGAUUGAUUGGCGGGGGAAAGUCACCCAAAUUUGCUCCGAAUAAGUUGGUCAUAUGGGAUGACUUGAAACGCAAAGUUAGUUUGACUUUGGAGUUUGACAGUCCUGUUAUCAAUGUAUUGCUAUCGCGGAUCCGAAUCAUUGUGGUGUUGAGGGAUAAGAUAAUCGUAUAUGGCUUUUCGGCCCCGCCAAAGAUGUUGACCAGCUAUGACACAAUUGACAACGAGUUUGGCAUUGCCGAUUUGGCCAGUGUUAGUAAUAGCGCAGCUACCAGUGCGUCAUCGAUAUCUUCACUCAGUUCCACCAGUACUAAGUCGCAAACCCUUGCGUUCCCAGCACGAUCCAUGGGCCAAAUCCAGAUUGUUGACGUUGGACAAAAUAUUAUACAUAUAAUCAAGGCUCAUAAACUGAAGUUACGAUGUAUCACUUUGAAUAAGACGGGGACACUUGUUGCAUCAGCAAGUGUAACGGGGACGAUUAUCAGAAUCCACUCCACUCACGAUCAGGUAUUGCACUACGAGUUCAGAAGAGGAUUAGACCGAGCAAUAAUAACAUCGAUGAAGUUCUCUCCUGAUGAUUCACGAUUAGCUGUUCUUAGUGAUAAACAUACAUUACAUAUUUUCAAUAUUGGUGAAGCACCCAACCGACAGCAUGUAUUGAACCGGUUAUCCGGGAGUGUACCCAUCCCGCAAUACUUUAAGAGCACAUGGAGUUUCUGCUGUGUCAAUACGAAUAAAUAUCAUUUAGAUAGUCAGCCUGACCAGGGGGUUAUUGGAUGGAGUGGUACUGAUUGCGUGAUUAUAAUUUGGCAGAAUAAGCGCAUCUGGGAAAAGUAUGUAAUUGUCGAGACCAGCAAUGAGGCUACAACUUAUGAGAUUGUUCGGUCUAGUUGGAAAAGUCUAGAAAGUGAAUAG